AUGUCGCGUACGUAUUAUUUUGAAUCGGCGGCCACUUUGUUUGAACCCUUAAAAUGGAAUGCUGUGAUAAAAGCAUUUCAAGACUUGGGUAUGAGAUAUUAUAAAUAUUUACGCUAUGAAUUACAGCAGAGUACAAAGAUUGUGUGUGUUGUUCAAUUUACCAACCGUAUAAAUAAUACUCAAUUACAUGCCGCAUUGAUCCCGGUGAAAUUUACGUUUCUACAACGUGUACGUGUGCCGAUGGUUACACCACAUUUACGCAUAUGGCUGCUAUGUUUACAUCAUGAUCUUCCAGAAUAUGAAAUUAAAGAGUGGGGUGAAUUUGUAUUGGGUGGGCGAAAUCGUUUUCUCACAUAUGAAUUACAACAUUAUAAAGCGUUGAUAAGCAAUUUUAAGACAACAAAAGAUUAUACACUUUGUGAACAUUUCGUCGGAGGACGUAAAAUAUGUGAAUAUGCUGAUGCGUUAGAACGAUUACCUGUUGAUGGUGUAUAA